UUUUUUUUUUUAACUUGUAGCAGAAGUGCGGAUGUGAGUUGCAUAUUGAUACGGAACAGGCCGCCAGUUUUUUUUUAUUUUAUUUUAGCAAUGUGUGCUUAGGCAAUGAUCAUAUUGUGGAGCUAUGAACCCAGAGGAGCAGACUGUAACGUGGUUAAUAUCACUUGGGGUGCUCAGCUCGCCUAAAAAGAAUAUAGCGGACCCGGAGGAGUUUUUGAAAACAUCGCUGAAGGAUGGGGUCGUCUUGUGCAAGCUCACGGAGCGGCUCAUACCUGGCUUCACACCCAAGUACUGUCAGGAUCCGAGAUCUGAAUCCGACUGCAUUUCCAACAUCAAGGAGUUUUUAAGAGGAUGCUCGUCCCUGAAAGUGGAGGGGUUUGAACCAGAGUGCUUAUACACUGGCGAGAAUUUUGGCAAAGUACUGACCACUUUGCUGGCAGUCAACUUUGCCACACAAGACUGUGCUGCUGAGAGGUCAUGUCCGCAGUCCGGUGCUGCGUCUCCUAGUCAGUCGACAUCUUCACACGCGCUCUCCUCGGCCAAAUCCAAAGGCUCUCUGCGUAGACAAUCCAAAUCAGUGGAGAUGUCUGAGAAUGGUGGAGGUGGGCAGAUGGUGAAGGCUCGCUUCAACUUUAAGCAAAACAACGAGGAUGAGCUGUCAUUCAACAAAGGUGACAUGAUCCUUGUGACGCGGCAAGAGGAGGGAGGAUGGUGGGAGGGCACACUCAAUGGCAAAACGGGCUGGUUCCCCAGUAACUACGUCCGGGAGAUCAAACCCUGCGAGAAGCCUGUGUCUCCUAAAGGAACUCAGCUGACUAAGAACUACUACAGUGUGGUGGUACAGGACAUCUUGGAACAUGAGCGGGAGUUUGUCAAAGAAUUACAAACAGUGCUGAGUUGUUAUCUACGACCCCUGCAAGCCAGCGACAAGCUGAACAGUGCAGACAGCGCCACCCUUGGUGGAAACCUGGAGGAAAUCCUCACCUUCCAGCAGGCGCUGUGUGUCGCUUUGGAGGACUGUACCAAAGUCUCGGAGGGCCAGCAGCGAGUGGCUGGCUGCUAUUUAAACCUAAUGUGUCAGAUCAAGACUCUGUACCUGGCUUACUGUUCCAGCCACCCUUCAGCUGUUUGUAUCCUCACUGAUCACAGUGAGGAACUAGACAAGUUCAUGGAGAGUCAGGGAGCCAGUACUCCAGGGAUCCUGACCCUGACCACCAGUCUCAGUAAGCCCUUCAUGAGAUUGGACAAGUACCCCACCCUGCUGCAGGAGCUGGAGAGACAUGUAGAGGAAGCCCACCCAGACUAUGCUGACAUUGUAAAGGCAACAGCAGCAUUUAGGAGCCUAGUGACACAGUGCCAGGAUCUACGGAAGCGCAAGAAUCUGGAGCUCCAGAUCUUAUCAGAACCAGUGCGAGCCUGGGAAGGAGACAGCAUGAAGAGCCUUGGUCACGUGGCGUACAUGUCCCAGGUCCAUGUGAAAAAUGGGUCCAGUGAGGAAAAGGAGGAGCGCUAUCUAAUGCUUUUCCCUAAUAUGUUAGUCAUGCUCUCCGCUAGUCCCCGGAUGAGUGGCUUUAUUUAUCAGGGGAGACUGCCGUUGACAGGCACCACAGUAACAAGACACAUGGAGGAGGCAGACCUUGCCCACUAUGCCUUUGACAUCACAGGAAGCAUGAUCGACCGUAUUACAGUGUUCUGCAGUAAUGCCCAGGAGUUACAGGAAUGGCUAGAGCACCUUCAGCCCUUUACCAAAGGUGGCAGCCCUGCAGGAACAAUCUCAAAGGCUGUGGAAGGCAAGUCGCUGAGCAUGGUCGGUACCCCCACUCACCUGUCCCACCUGGGCAGCCUCAGCGCUGUCAGUCGCGGCCCCCUGGAACCACCAAAGAUCAGCAAGCCCUGGUCUCUCAGCUGCCUUCGCCCUGCGCCCCCCCUCAAACCCUCAGCUGCACUUGGCUACAAAGAGAGGAUGUCUUAUAUCAUGAAGGACUCCAGCAAGAGCCCGAGGCCCAUGAAGAAGUUUCUGCAGGGCAACAGGAAGAAAGAGAGGAAGCCCUCUGAUGACGAGGUUCAAACAAGGAAAAGCACAGCCGCUCUGGAGGAGGAUGCACAGAUACUGAGGGUGAUUGAGGCAUACUGCACAGGGGCCAGCCUGCACCAGACCACCGCAGCAGUACGGAAAGAUUGCGUCCCUCAGGUGCUUCUGCCAGAGGAGGAGAAGAUCAUUGUGGAGGAGAUGAAGAGCAACGGGCAGACGGUUAUUGAGGAAAAGAGUCUGGUUGAUGCUGUGUAUGCUUUAAAGGACGAGGUUCAUGAACUGAAAAAGGAGAAUAAGUGGAUGAAGCAGUUUCUGGAGGAGGAGCAGAAGUCUCGCAAAGAGCUGGAGAGAGUUGUUCGAAAGCUGGCCAAGCAGAAGAAUGAUUGUGCUUGGGAUGACGGCGGCCACUGAACACAUCCAUACAAUCAUCCUCAUCCUAGCGUGGCUGUGUGUGUGCGCAUGGGUACAUUUAUGUAAGCUCGGUUGUGGAGGGACAGAAAGGGUCAGGUCUGUGUGUGUGUCUGUGUGUAUUUGUGUAUCCACCUAUGUUGCAUUUCCAUAUUUCAGUCAUGCAGAGUUGGACCUCCCUCUGUGACAACAAUGCUUGGAGUGUCUUUGCUUCAAAUGCUGGAGCAUGAUUUGACAUUUUGAUGAAAUCUAACCUGUCUUCCUGAUCCAGCCUCACUAGUUGUGACUACGAAUUUGCCUCUUCAUGAAGCAGCUCAGCUAAGCUAUGACUGAUCAAGUGGGAUGUUUGUCAAAACGAUACUGUCUCUUGGUGACUGGCACUGUGAACACUCCCCAGCAAAUGGAACAAUUUUGGACAAGGACGAAACAAGUUCUCUGCUGCUUCUUUUGCUUCAUUUGGAAAUAGAAAACGGAGUACAAAGCCAUUAAGGUGUUCUCCUGCAUGCACUUCUGUUACCAACGGGACUGAUUCUCUUCCCUUCACAUCGUGACCUUUUUUUUUUUUUCUUUUUUUUUUAUCAUUGUAAUAUUUUAUUUGUCACAAGGGACCCCCAGUAGGGAAAUGGGUUCAUUGAGCUUUCAUGAGUUUGUGCAUUUUUGUAUUCUAGACACUCACAAGUUUCCAGAACCAUUUUCUAGGUGUUUAAGCAAAUCAGACCGGUUUGCUCAACAUUCAGUUCCAAAUGCAGCCCUUUCACUGUUUAUUUAAAAAUUGCAUGAAUGUACAGUGUUUCUACAGUAUGAAUUCUGCAUCAGAAAUGUGAUAAUCAAGAUAUUCAGAUAUAUAGUCCAAAGCUAUCAGGGAUGCAGCCGCAUAAUAGAAUAGAAAAGGCUUAACUAUGUAUUAUUCAUUAUAAAAAAAAGUAAGUAAAUAAUGACAAAGAUGUCACUCCUACACUUCUUACUAAAAUGUAUUCAAGUAUCAUUUUAACAUAUUAAUUACAUAGGCUUGCUUUUUUUUGGAUUUUUUUUGUUUAAAUAUUCUUUAUUUAUUGUUCACCCAGACAUUUAAUUGUGGUGUUAGCCUUAUAGAUACAGUUUUGCUGCCUUUACAUCAGUGUGGAGUUUUGUUAACCUACACUGAUGUUUUAAAGGCAGAGAAAUAUCAUUGUUUUGCCCAAGGGAAAAUUGACAUUUUUGUCGUUAUAAAAGAAUAAGAAAUGACUAUAAUAAGGAGUCUGACUUGAGAAUUCAGAGGCUUUUGUUUGCAGUCUGCAUGGCCUCCCAACAGGUUCCUGCAGAGCCGAUGGAGACCGACAAGGAAAUAAACAGAGAGAGAUAUAUUUGUGGUUGUAGAGUAGAGCUUGAUUGUUUAAGUGCCUCCCGAAGGGUUUGAUAAAGAGUUUAAGUCCAGACUGAGACUAAAUGCAUGAUUUAUAAUGAAAGUGUCACAGGUGGUUUGAUGUAAUAUUUCAAUAAGUGGGUCAAGCUUGUUGGGUAUAUUUUGGGUCUGAAAAGCAUACAGGGCUUCUUUAAGAUGCAGCCUCUUUACAAGGACCCGCAGCGGUACAUUUCCUCAUGAGGUUGAGUGUGUGUGCACUGUCAACACUGUUACCUACUUUUGCUGCACUGCAGAGAAGCAGUGGCUGCUGUUGAAAUGCAAUAAGUGACUGCUUUACUGACUGACCUCUGGGUUAGACCCAGCAAGGUAGGCCAGAGAAAUUGCAAUAAUAAUAAUGAAUGAAUUAACCCAAUUUAUUAACCAAAAAGGGCCAAGACAAUGUGGUUCAGACACCACACGGUUAGGCUAUUCAUUGUUUUCCAUUUGCCUUUUUAGUCUCUUUGUUUUGAUGAUUGUUUAAAGGUCACUGAUAAGGUCCCGAUUUCACAAAUGAUCCAAAAUAUAAUAAUAUUGUAAUACUGUACAAUCUCUCUUUUUGCUGUUUUUGUGUGCAGCUCUUUACAGGGACGUCAGAGCACUGUGCAGGGUACAAGGCAAGCACAGGUACAUCUGCAGCACAGUCAGUGUCUUGAUCAGGGGCACUUCAGCAAGGAAAAACUGCUUCAUCAGUUGCUGGAGCAAGAUCAUUAAAUUAGUUAUUCCUAUUAGGACUCUUACAGAAGCUCUGCUUACUGUACAGAUGUGUGACUCUGUCUCAUCAUAUGUUCUCCUUUGAGAUUAACAUUAUUGCUGUUCCUGUACUGCAAAUUGUUUUCAUUAAGUACCACAUACUCUAGUUUUCAAUUCCCGAUAGCCCCAGUGAGCACUUACUGGUGGAAAGGCGGUUGAACUCGGUUUUAAUCUUGUCUCCAGAUCACUGUGUGUAUUGUUUUUUGAAAGGUUGUUCUAUGCAAUUAUUGUUGUUGCAAGUAUUGUAAUGCUUUGUUUUUCUAGACACUCUGUACUUCGUGUUUGGUAUGGUCAUUCUUUUAUUAAAAAUUUAAUAUAA